AUGAGAAGUCUCGAUAACACGCCCAACCAUCGGCAAAUUUGCUGGUCAGUCACAGAUGCGAUUGGCCGACCAGUGCCAGCGAUUGACGCCAAAAGAAGAGAUCGAAGCAGCGAGGUAGAAGCCUACCGAAGAUUAAUCCCGUUAAUGCAUCAACCUGGGUACAGCCCAAAGGAAGAGACCCUUUCCCCGCAUCCAAUCUUGACCGAUAAAAGUUUUCUCGUGCGUAUGAGACAUACCCACGACGCACUUGUCAAAGCUGUCGUCAAUAUAGUAGAUCGAUGGUGGACCGAUACUGAUGCAGACUUCCCGGCUAGGCUGCCUUUGGAAAAGCAUGUGGAGGAAGUGCUACAGUGGAUAGACGAGCAAAGCCGGAAUCAAAUGUUUCCAGAAUUCCAGGACAGGCUAGGAAACUGGAGACCUGAUUUCCUAGUCACCGAGAAUAGCUGUGCUAACGGCCCUGGCUUUCAGAUCUGCGAGAUCAAUAGCCGUACACCCGAUAAUGUGAUAGUUCUCAGCGCACAUAAACAUCGUCAAAUGCGCCAAUUGAUGGGACCCAGCUCAGUUCUGCAGCCCGCAGGCGACUACGACGAUUGGAUAGACAGCUUUUUUAGUUUACUCCAUACACACCUACCGAUUCAUAUCCUUCGAGGACGAGACGAACUCCAGCGACAGGAAUUGGUGCGCUUGGUGGAACUGAGGACGGGUAUACGUCCGCGGUUCGUGAACGUGAACAAUGUAGAGUUAAAGCAUGAUGAGUCGUCUGCUACAGGGUAUUCGCUCUAUUGCCGAGACCAGGUCGCAUGUGAAAAAAUACAUCAGGUGGUCGUGACCCUGUUUCCGGACGAGUUCACUCUGCUUUCGCAAGACAUGCUCCGGCAGCUGGCGACUGUGGCCGUGAAUGAUCUUCGGGCUUCCUUACUGGUGAACGACGAGCGAUUUCUAGGUAUUAUAUUGCAAGAAAUCAAUUCUCUCGUGGCCGAGCACCAUAUCCUCACUCCAGGUCAAGGCCGGGCUCUCCAGCAAGGCAUAGUACCUACUCUCCUGCCCGGAUCCCUCGAACUGAAGUAUUGGGUCGGAAGACAGAUUCAAGGUGAAGUGAGCAAGAACGACUAUAUCUUGAAAGCCGCCCGCCAGAGCCGUGGAAGAGGUCACUUACUGGGCGCGGAUCUUUCCCCAGAAGAAUGGACGCGCAUCAUGCUAGACAUGCAAGAUCCAAGCAUCCGUCCAGGGGUCACAUCUUAUGUCCUCCAACCGUUCUUACAACAAGUCAAAUUCGAUAUAAUCGGUGAUGAAGACAAUAAGGUCCAUGGUAACUUUCUUGUGGGGUGUUACUACACUAUCAAUGGUCGCUUUCUUGGCCUUGGGCCAUGGCGUUCAAGUACGGAUAGAAUCUGCAAUGUCUACAGUAGAAUGGGUUGUCUGGGUUUGUAUUCAGUGACCCGUUCCCAUGUGGAUGGGCAGGAGGCUUUGGUAUAA